AGCCUACCCAGGUAACCGGCGGUCCAGGUCAAGUGAACUCCGGAGUACUAUUAUUACCUUACCAUUAAAUUAUCUAAAAACAGUGCCUGGAAACGAACACGUAACUACGCCUACACAACCUAACGACUAUCGAUGAAUAAGUUAAGGUGAUCAGUUCUUCAAGGCUUCGCUACUUGCUUACGACCAUACCACGGCGAGAACCACAUUUCAUGGGGUCAAUAGCUAUGAAUGCCCCCGGUGAUGUCCCUUCCCAACCAAAUGAAACCGAACACUCGGACCAAGCAAGUGUUGGAACUUACGCAGCAGAACAACAGAGCAGCAUCGACAACCAUGGAAUUAAUGCCACACAAUCAAGGGAGCUUGUUGACCUCGCCAUUAACUUCCUUUCUACAUCCAGCAAUGAAACUCUGUUCGGUGUUUUUGUUUUCCUGGUGGGCGCAACAUAUAUUUUCCUAGGAAGAUUCGGACUGCUCCUAAUUGGAGUAGCUAGCGGCAUUGUCCUACAUGCAUCAUGGGAAGGGAUGAGCACUCACCCUAUCGGAAGCGAGCUAAACUGUCGAUUUCCCAGUAGGAGAAGGGAGAUUGCGUUGGAUAUAGCCCAUAGGCUGCUUGAUUGGCCCGAACGCAAUCUCGCAAGAAUCGAACUAAAGCACGAUGACAUUCAGAAGCUUUCCCAGGAUGCUUCAGAAAUAGAGCUGGAUUACUCUUCUUUCCGCCCAGAGACAGCUGCCGCGCUGAGAUCAUUGACCGACGCGGUGAUCAAGAACUACGUGAAUUAUUGGUAUGAACCCAUAUUACCGUCUGAGACGACGUUUCCACUCUCCUGUCGGAGGAUAUUGACUAGCUUUAUCACCUCUAUCUCAACACACCUCUCUCGUAAACGGACAGCAGAUACAUUCCUGGAAUUCCUCACGAACUCAUCUUCCUUGGUAAUUGUAUUCUUGAAUGAGUUGUCUACUGCUUUUGAGACCGCUGGGUCACCUAUGGUGUCGGAACAGGCUAUCCAGCGUUACCUAGACAUGUUUCCGGAAAGCAGUUUGGCAAAUGUCCUAGCGGGCCAGCAGCAGCGCAAGAAACUAAAUUUGAUAGCCGACGAUAUAUUGUCAAGUUUCCUAGAACCGAAAGCAUAUGCGCUGCACCCUCUAAGGGAUUUCCUCCGUGAAAUUCUAGCUGGAGUUGUCCUCGAGUCCACUAUCUCGAGUCUCUCACGUCCGGAGUUCAUCAACGGCUGGAUCAUCCAUCUAUUUAACGAGGGCAAAUCUGAAAUCAUGAGCGCAAUUGAUGCUGGUGUUGAAGGGGCUCGGAAUCAAGGUGUAACCGCAGCCAAGGAUUCCGAGAUCUUGAACGCUUCUCUCUCGACGCCUGCCAAUGGAAAGAAGUUGAGCUCGGAACACCCCUCUGGGCUUGUCCAAGGGGACUGUGUUGCUAUCGAUAAAGCAACUGAAGAAGCCAUGGUGGAAGCCAAACGACUAAGCGCCAUGAUUGCAGCACAAGACCUGCAGCAUCAAAAUGCGGGGCAGUCAGGGGACGAUAAAUCAUGCUCUUCUUCAAAUGAUGAAAAUUCUACUUUGCGCUCUAGUCACGGGGACGAAAGGACUGACGAUCAUGCUACCAUGCAACUAGGGUCAGAGACUGCAAAUGCCAAGUCGGUUGAGAAUAUUCAUCAGCCUAUAUCUAAAAAGGCCUUGGAACUAAAGACUGCAAAACGACCAUCGUCGCCGUCCUCAGUGCUUUCUAUGAGCUGCCCCUCAUCGGAACAACCACCGGAGAACGACUUACAUACUACCUUGACUCUCCAUCGUGCAUCCAUAUCGGUAGAUGAUGGCUCAGAGCCUGGAGACAAGGGACUAUUACGCUCAAAACCUACAACGAGUUACUUACUCCAAAUUGAGCCCGCGUCUUCGCGCUGCACUGGGUGGAUGAUUUUUAGAAAAUAUACGGAUUUUGAGUCACUCCAUGACACUUUGGGAACGAUUUCGAGAUUGAACAGGGUGCAGAUGUUUACAGAUGAUCAUCCUUUUCUGCCCGCUUGGAAAGGCCAAACAAAACAAGCAUUAGCGAGGAAUCUAGAGCGAUACCUCCAGGAUGCCCUUCAAAUUGAAUUACUCGCGGAGAGCGAAAGAAUGAAGCGGUUCCUCGAGAAGGAUGGACGUCUUGGCCCCGAAUCGGCGGGUACAUCUACAAAGACUGGGUUUUCCUUUCCCAGUCAGGUUUCUCUUGAAAACGUGGGGAAAGGAGUACUGGGCGUCUUAACAAAUGCACCUAAGGGGGUUUCCGACGGCAGCAGGGCCGUCUUUGGUAGUGUGACUGGAGUAUUUGGAGUGGCUUCUGUUAAGAAGACAUCGUCAAACUUGAUUUCAAAUAGUCAUCCUCAGAAUGACAAUACUAGUGUCCAUCGGCAAUCGAACGAGUCCUACCCUCGCAGGUCUGGGGACGCUGGAUAUGCGCGGCGGCAUAGAGCGUCCCUGGAGCUAAAUCACAGGUUAGAUGAUACGCAAUUGCCUUCUAGGUAUCAGAGGCAUAGCUCACCACUGUUUGAAACUGCUUCUGGCGGGGUAGCUGAGAAUGGAGCUGAGCCCUUUCAGGACGUACUUCUUGGCAGCCCGACAGGGAGCACAAGUCAAGCAAAAAUGGAGCAAUGUACCUCUUCUAUCUUAGACUCUAGGGACUGUGACUUGUCAGAACAAUCAGUCUCUUCAGAAGAACCCCGAGCGGCGGAUACCCAUACCAGACGAGAAGGGCAGGCGAUCACUGUGGCUCGAAAUAGCUCUGAAAGUCGAGGUCGUCCCAUUACUCAAGAAGAAACCCGGAUAGCUGUGGAACUUAUUUUUGCCGUUAUAAAUGAACUAUAUACACUGUCAUCCGCCUGGAACAUCCGCCGAACUUUGUUAAAUGCCGCCAAGUCAUACAUAUUACGCCCUGGGAAUCCAAAUCUGGAAACAAUUCGUGGCUUAUUGCAAGAAUCAAUGAUUGAGGCCAACACGUCCGACGAAGCGCUUGGCUUGUACAUCACCAAACUCCGUGAGAAUAUUCUCCCGACAGAAGCGGAGUCGAGGUCUUGGCCGUCAGCACCGAACGAUGCUGAAAAGGAGCGUCUAAGGGAGACUGCACGAAAAGCUCUCGUACAACGGGGGCUGCCGCAGGCCUUGACAGGUGUAAUGGGAGCUGCUGCCAGUCGGGAGGCUCUCGAAAAAGUUUUCGAUAGCCUUCAGGUUCCAAUUAUUGCGCGAGGGCUUGUGUUCUCCUUUCUUUUACAAGCAUUGAGGUCUGUGAUCCUCUAGCAUAACCUUAAUAACUGCCCUUCAGCGUGCUAUAUGAG